UUCAUUCAGAAAAAGAAAAAGGAAAAAGGAUAAUUGUGCUGUCAAAGAAGUUGAGAGUUUGGAUAACGUAAAAAAAAGGCGCGGUUAAGGAUGAGUCACACCGUCGCCGUCGAUCGUUGGGUUCUCAGUUCCGGCGCUUCCUCCUUUACCUCCACUUCCAACUUCUACUUCCCCACCACAUUCACUAGAAGCCCUCAUUUUGGCGGCAACAUAAUUCGAGCUUCCGCCACCACCAGCGGUUCAAAUGAAAGUGUAAUUUGCAAAUCGUUAUUAUGUGGAAGGAGAGCUUUACUGUCUUUAGCUACCUUGUCUCUCGUUAUGCCGUGUGAUAGAGUUAACAAUAGCUUUGCUGCUGAUGAGAGUUUUCGCUUAAGGGAAGAGAUCAGGAAGGUAUUAUCCAAGGGCAAGGCUGCUGGUGUACUUCGCCUUGUAUUCCAUGAUGCAGGAACUUUUCAAGUUGAUGAGAAAAUUGGGGGUAUGAAUGGCUCUAUAGUUUUUGAACUCGACAGACCCGAAAACAAAGGCCUUAAGAAAUCUAUAAAGAUUCUGGAGAAAGCAAAGAGUCAAAUAGGUGUUGUGCAACCAGUCUCGUGGGCUGAUAUAAUAGCUUUGGCUGGAGCAGAAGCUGUUUCAUUGUGUGGUGGACCUAGCAUCCCGAUUAAGCUGGGCAGAAUUGAUUCACUGGUGCCUGAUCCUGAAGGAAAACUUCCUGAAGAAUCACUUGAUGCUACUAGUUUGAAGCAAUGUUUUGAAAGAAAAGGUUUCUCAACUCAGGAACUUGUUGCCUUGUCUGGCGCGCAUACUCUAGGAAGUAAAGGAUUUGGGAAUCCAGUUGUCUUUGAUAAUGCAUACUUCAAGAUACUCAUGGAGAAGCCAUGGUUAUCCUCAGCUGGCAUGACUAGUAUGGUUGGCCUUCCUUCUGAUAGGGCACUUGUUGAAGAUGAUGAAUGUGUAAGAUGGAUCUCAAAGUAUGCUGAGGAUCAGAGUUUAUUUUUUGAAGAUUUCAAGAAUGCCUAUACCAAACUUGUUGACACUGGUGCAACUUGGAAGAAAUCAUUGUAGUCCUCAAGAUUAAUCAGCAAUACCUCGUCAUAGCCAGUGAGUUGUUUUGGUAUAAACAAGAUUCCAUGACACAACAACAAAUGCAGUCAAUGCCAAUUUUUGGUUACAUGGGCAAUCUUGCGAUAGGCAAAUCCUGAACGGAGAAGUUGCAGCUGAAGGUUAGAAAAUGAAAGAAUUACGACUUGGAAGAAAAAGAUGCAAAGUCAAAACUUUAAAGGAGAGGCUUGCCUCUCUCUACCAAUCAAUGUUUAAACUUGGCCCCCAUUGAUCAACAACAGCGUCUGCAAGCCACUACUUGUCCUACUCCUACAGGAUCAUAAGAAAUGUUAUCUUGUUCCACUUGAUCUAAAGAAAUGUAUGAGAACCAAAGGAGGGAAAAUGCAUGUAGUAGUAUAAUACAGCUUCAUUUUGGUGUUCAUAUCACUAUGUCAAAUUGUUUUCUGUAAACAUUGAGUGAUAUAAUUAUGUCCAGAGGGUAAUUUUACUAAUUAAAGGUUUUGAAGCCCCACUUAAAUCUCA